AUGCAGUUCAAGUCUCUCUUUAUCACUCUCGCGAGCGCCGCCGCCGUCGCUGUCGCAGCUCCCGCAGGCAUCCUGGACGCUGCCGCCUCCGUCGACGCGUCGUCGACCACUGCGAACGUCACGCUCACCACGGCGUUGACGACCGAUACCUUCACCGCAAGCAAGGUGCUCCAGAGCUUCAUGAAGGUUGACCCUUUCGUCACGACGAUCACGACCAACACCGUCUGGACCGUGACCCACAGCGUCACCCGGGAGCUGCCUCCCCCUACUGGCACGCCCGUGGCUUCCGCCUCCGUCUCGGCCUCCGCUUAA